AUGGUCCCUAGUUUUCGUUUACAAGCCUUACUGGCUCUAGCAGCUGUAACGGGACACGCAGCCGCCGCGCCCCCACAAGCUCGCUCAUCCAGCUCAACAUGCAACACCGUGCAGUUUGAUUUCCCUGCCGGAACAAACAAGGGCGAUCCCCGCGCUGAAGCUGUAAAGCAGGCCUACGCGCGGGAGUGGAAUCAGUAUUGGAAAUAUGCUUAUCCGAAGGAUGAUCUUCUGCCGAUCACUCAUAAUGGGACGAAUGAUUUGUUUGGUUGGGGCGCGUCGGUUGUUGAUGGUAUUGAUACUGCUGUUGUGAUGGGUCUUACGGAUAUUGUUGAGGAGCAGUUGAAGCAUAUUGCUGCUAUUGAUUUUACGAAAUCGGAGUAUUUAGUCAACUUUUUUGAUGUGAAUAUUCGUUAUUUGGGCGGUCUUCUGAGCGCGUACGAUCUCAUCAAGAGUGGCGAUUUCCCUAAUCCCUACGAUGAUGAUCUUGUCGAGGCCCUUCUGUCUCAAGCCAAGUCUCUAGCGACAGCGAUUAGCCCUGUCUUUGACACAGACACCGGUCUACCCGUUGCGCAACUGAACUUCUCAACCCAGCAGCUUGUACGAAGUACUACUUCCGUCAACGGUGUUACCUACAACAGCACCAACACCGCCCAGGCUGGUACUUUAAUUCUAGAGUACUACCGUCUUUCUGAUUUGACUGGUGACGAGUCUUUCCGAGAGAACGCUAAGAAGGCCGAAAAGUACUUGAUCAAUCCUAGCCCUGCCCCGGCAUUCCCUGGUCUUGUUGGUACAGAGCUGGAUACCGAUAGCGGCAAGUUCAUCACUUUUGAUGGUGGUUGGGAAGCUGGCGUUGACAGCUUUAUUGAGUACUUGAUCAAAACCUAUGUUUAUGAUCGAGAUGACUCUUUUGCUUCGGAUUUGAAGGACUUCUGGCUUACUACUGCCGAGUCUAGCGCGAAGAAUAUCGCUCUUUCACCAUACAAGAACCCACAGCUUACUUUCCUGUCUCAAGUUGACUCGAACGGUAGCAUCAUGUGGACUAUGGAUGACUAUGCCUGCUUCGCUGGUGGAAAUCUGCUCCUCGGAGGCAAAUACCUCGAUCGCCCCGACAUCACCGAGCUGGGUAUCAAAACAUCUGACAGCUGCCACUGGCUGUACAACCACACUCUCACCGGACUGGGUCCAUCCAGUAUCGGAUGGUACAACGCCAGCAACAAGCCCUACGACUCGACCUAUAACAACGGUACAUACCGCGCUCAAGCCGCCAAGAACGGUGGCUACUUCAUCGAGGACCCCUCUUAUUCUUCCUACCCCGAGCCAUUGGAGAGUAUCUUCUAUGCCUACCGCGUUACAGGCGAUAAGCGCUGGCAAGAUUAUAACUGGGAGAUCUUCAAGGCGCUUGACACCAAGCGCUCGAGAUCUGUUCCAUACGCUGAGAUUUCAGACGUUAAUGCGCCAGGCGGUGGCCAGCUUUCGAACUAUGUUGCCAGCUUCUAUUUCGCUGAGGUCCUGAAGUAUCUCUAUCUUACUUUUGCUGAGCCCGAUGUUGUAAGCUUGGAUAAGUAUGUCUUCAACACUGAGUGUCACCCUAUGACUAUCAAGAAUACCUGUUAA